UUCUGUCGCUCCCAACUAACAAUUCCAUGUACUGCACUGUACUUUCUAAACUGUGUAUUGAUGUUUAUAAACGUCCAGAAACUCCAAACAAAUAAAAUAAAUCUGUGGAUUGCCCACAUUAUGAUAAUCAUGCAUACAGUCAGUCAUGAUGACGCAUGUGCCUUGAUGAUGGGUGAACGAGCAGAUCAAUCCUGUGCACUGAAUGGCUGCGCUGGGGCAGAGGUGGAGAUCAAACAUGAGCUCCACUUCUCGGACGGUAACACAGCAGGACGUCGAGGCACUUUUAAUCACAGUCGGCACAGCGAAACAUUGAAAGAAGAGAAGCCAUGAGGAAACGCUGUGCGAUCAAACAUGGAAUACUUAAGGAAUUCCUGGCAGAAUUCCUUGGGACCUUUGUUUUGGUUUUGUUUGGUUGCGGCUCAGUUGCCCAGACAGUCCUCAGUCGAAACUCUUUGGGUGAGCCGCUCACCGUACACAUCGGCUUCUCUGUAGGACUGAUGAUGGCCGUUUACGUGGCCGGUGGAGUAUCAGGGGGCCACGUAAACCCUGCCGUGUCUCUGGCCAUGGUGAUCCUCGGCAAACUCAAGAUCUGGAAGUUUCCUUUCUAUGUCAUUGCUCAGUUUCUUGGUGCAUUUGCUGGAGCUGCUGCUGUAUUUGGAUUAUACUACGAUGCCUUCAUGGACUUCACCAGCGGGAUUUUGUCGGUGACAGGAAUCAAUGCCACCGGUCACAUUUUUGCAUCUUACCCAGCGAGACACCUCUCGAUUCUUGGCGGAUUCAUUGAUCAGGUGGUGGGAACCGGCAUGCUGGUUCUGUGCAUUCUGGCCAUCAUUGAUGGAGGAAACAUUGGUGCUCCUAAAGGUGUGGAGCCACUGGCCAUCGGGCUGAUCAUCAUGGCCAUUGGGGUAUCCAUGGGACUGAACUGUGGUUACCCCUUGAAUCCUGCCAGGGACCUUGGGCCCAGACUGUUCACAGCUGUGGCCGGAUGGGGCAUGGAGGUCUUCAGCACGGCAGGCUACUGGUGGUGGAUCCCAGUAGCGGGGCCUAUGGUAGGAGCUGUGGUCGCGGCCGUCCUGUACUACCUGCUCGUCGAGCUUCACCACCCCCGCGUGGAAGCCGAGAAGCCUCAUGAGGAGGAGGGUGAGGAGGACGAGGAGGAGGAAGAUGAGGAGGAUGAGGACUGCAGUCUAAAGGACAAAUAUGAGAUGAUCACUAUGAGUUAAAAAGAGUAUUUCUUCCUGUCUCACUUCUACAGAGAUAAUUCUUUAAUCUGCUCGUGUUUAAACGUGACCUCAUUAAAAAGUAAUGACCAUUUUGAAUUGAUGAGUUGUAAAUAUUGUAUUCUAGUAGAUAUGGCAAGCAUGAUGAUCUCCUCCAUCCCCUUCAUAUUUGCUCCUGUUGUUGUGCUUUUUUUAAACUUUGUUUUUUGGGUGUUUUAUGUUGUUAAGCAAACCAGAUGUAUUCCUGUUGCUUAUUUAAAUGAAAAUGUCGUUUAUUUAAAUUAUCUUUUUUAUUUUACAUCUAAUGGGGGGUUAUAUCCCACACCAGUUGCACGAGAAUUGAAAUCAAUAAUAUAGAAAUCCCUGCAAUACUUCCUCGGAAGGUUUUUAUAAUACAAUAUAUAUAAAUUAGCAUGGUUAUGUGGGCAGCAGCAGCUUGAGGGUGCAGAUUGAAAAUCGAUGCAGGCCACAUUCCAUUGCAUGUGCAAAUGGCGUCAAGGCCUGGCACACUCUCCUCUCCUGGUUGAUCAUUACAUAACAUAAAGAUGUUCAUGGAGAAUAUAAAUACAUGUCCACCACAGUUCCAGGAAAGGUGGUGGGUUCAAUUCCGGCUCCACCCUUCCUGUGUGGAGUUUGCAUGUCCUGCGUGGGUUUCCUCACACUACCAGUUAAUACAAUGUUUAUUAUUGCUGCUUUGUUUUUGCUUAGAUAAUAAAACCCUAAAAAAAAAAAGUGAUUAUCUACAGAGAGAGCAUCUUGACAGUAAACAGUGGUCUAUUUUAUUGAAUGAGCUGUUUAAUUAAUGCAUUUCAAGUACUCCAAAAAUUACAUCUCUUUGCACAAUACAAUUGAAUUUUUGUUGGUUUUUUUUUUUUAGUAAAAAUGUUCAAAGUGAACAAAAAUUUCCAAUACUGUAUAAAACACAGUGAACAUUAAAAUCAGACAGUAGUAUUACUUUUUAAUCGUGUGUUCUUUC